AUGGAGUCAAAAGUCGAAAUAAGUGAGACACAAACACAGAAAAAAGUACCGAAACCGUUCUCCAUCGAAUCUCUAAUUGGAGAUAGAAAAUCACCAGAGAUUGACAUAGAAAACAAUAUUUCAGAAAGUUCUAGAAAUUCAGAAGAAGAUGAUAAUGAGAGAUUGGACGGAUUUAAUCAGAUGCGAUAUUACGCGCCAUUUUUACAACAAAAUGGCUUCCCUUUUCUCUUAGGGUACCCGGAACCGUGGCUGUCGAGAGUUCUUGGGUCUGUACCGGCUCCAGUUAGGGAAAAUCGUGAAGAGGAGAAAAGGGAGAGUCCUGUGAGUGUCGGGAGUGAAGCUGAGAGUGACGGUGGAGAGGAAACUAAUCAAGAGCAGAUGGAUAAAGAAUGCUUCAUCGGCAAACGAGCAGACGGAUUACUUGAUGGUAAGCAAUCAGCGCCGCCAAUGAACACCCGCAACGGAGAAGUUACGACGGAAAAUCAACAAACGACUUCUCCCGCCCAGGGCAGGGCGGGAGGGAGUGUCAGACUCUUACUGACUAAAAACCCCCUGUUCCUUCUCCUGCUCUGGGCCGAGGUCGCGGUCGCGGUCGUGGGCCCCGCUGAACAUCAGCUCUAUAGGGCCCCGUCUGUGGUGGUCUAUUGGUUCUUUGAGGCGCGCGCGGAACGCUACGCACCGUACGCUCGGGAUAAUCCUUAG